CCUGAGCCGCUCUUGUACUCUGGCCUUGGCCUUGAGUUCUGGGAUCUGGGGUUGGGGGUUCUGAGCUGCCCUUGCACCCUGCCGUCAGGACCCCAGGCCUUCCCUCAGCCCCUGGGUAUGGCCCUCAGAGUGCAGUUUGGCUCCUGGACCUUCAUGAUUUGCUGAGGGUGGGGUCACUUAUGCUCAGACCAGGAAAGGGUGUCCCGGGAGGAGGAGCAGAGCCCUGCCUCAUCCCCACAAGCUGUUUUUGGAGUCCCUCCAUGCCCCCCAGCCCUGUGUAUCCCGGGUCCAUACAUACCUCCAGUCUUGGUGGGGGUGACAUGGCUGGGCGACUUUGCAGCAGUGAUGUUCUGAACCUUGUCGCAUGUAGUGGAGCGGUGGGUGCCUGUGGGUGGCCAACCCAUCGAGAUAGGUGGGUACCCAGUAAAUCCAUUCCUUCUAAACCAGAAGUUGAGCACGGGCCCAGUGCACUUGCAGGUUUGCACAAAAGUCUGUUGGGAUGACAUGCAACUCAAGCCAGCAUGGAGCGAUGACUAUACAACCCAGCACUUGGCAUUUGAUCCCUCUGGAUUGUCUGUGGACAGAUUCUGGGGGCCUGAGGCCAGAGCUGAGGGUAGCGUGAGGUGUGGCCCCCGGGCAGCCUUCUGGGGGACGGUGGGCAGGGACAUAGGGAGUUUCCAUCCUGCACCUCCAGGCAGAAUGGUCCUGCCACCUAAGACCAGGGAUGAUGGCGCUGCCCUGCUCAGGGGACCCCAGGUGCAGGGGAGGGCAUUGAUGGCCACGCACCUGUGCCUCCCUUGCCCUCCUGCCACUGCCAGGCAGCCAGGGAGGAAGCCAGGUCUGGUGGGCAGGGUCAGGGUACUGUGGGGGAGGAGGGACCCCUGGGUCCCCCGUGGUUGCCUUAUCAGCGGUGCCAGGUGGGGCCAUCCCCAGGGCGGGGGCAGCAUCUCCUCGGGCCUGUUAUCGGUCCCAGAGUCCACAGGACGCUCCUCGGGUUAACGUGUAACCACACACUGUCCCCUCCACCCCCAAAGCCACCCGUGCCCACACACACGCUACUCUGGGUAGUCAUAGACCGACAUGGACGCCUGGGAAGAGGGUCUGCCGGGAAAGCCUUGCUUCUUAGUCCAACAGCCACGCCUGUGCUGGUGGUUGAGCCCCUUCUUCCUCACCUGUGCUGUCUACUUCCUCCUCUGGAUCCCUGAAGACCAGGUAUCCUGGGUCAGCGCCCUCGUCAAGUGCCUGCCUGUGCUGUGCCUGGCGGUGUCCCUGCAGGCUGUGCGAGGGGGCAGGGGCUACCACACACGCCUGCAGGGGGCCCUCCUGUCCUCAGCUGUGGGGGAUGCCUGCCUCAUCUGGCCUGAGGCCUUUCUCUAUGGUGUGGCUGCCUUCACCAUGGCCCACCUGCUCUACCUCUGGGCCUUUGGCCUCACUCCCCUGCGGCCAGGCCUCCUGCUGCCCGUCGCCCUGGUCUCCGUCCUGUAUUACGGCCUCCUGCUGCUCCACCUCCCAGCCAGCAUGGUCCCGGCCCUGGCGGCCUAUUCCUUGGUCCUGGCCUCCAUGCUGUGGCGCGGCCUGGCCAGAGGUGGGACCGUCUGCUGGGGUGCCCUGCUCUUCACGCUCUCGGAUUCAGUGCUGGCCUGGGAUACCUUCGUCCAGCCACUGCCCCACGCCCGCCAGGUGGUCAUGACCACCUACUAUGCUGCCCAGCUCCUCAUCACCCUGUCAGCCUUCCAGAGCCGCAGGCUCAAGACCACCUGACUGGGGUGGCAACAUCCUGGGGCUCCCAGACCGGCCCCACCACUUGACACGGUGAGAACCGUAUGUGGAAAUCCACGUCUGUUGCCAAGGCCCUGCCACCUUCCCUCUGUUCUGACUCUGGAUUCCAGACCCUACCCCCACAGCCUCUCACCUGCCUCCACCUGCCCUCCUCUCCUCGGCCCUGAUCUAUUUUGUGCCCAAGUAAAGUGGACACUAAAACA